AUGAACUCCGAUCUGUUAUCGUUCUACCCGCCGAGGGACCCCCGGACCAGGGGCUGGCUCCUCUUAGAGUCCACCCCAUAUCUCUAUAGUCUUCUCGUGGCUUACGUGCUCACCGUGAAAAUUUUCCUCCCGACCUGGAUGAGGCACAGGAAGCCUUUCGAGCUCUUGCCCUACAUCAGAGCAUACAAUAUUUUCAUGAUCGUAGCCAACGCCUGGUACUUCGUACAAAUGUCGAAACGAUCCUAUCUCGGCGGGGGCUUCAACUUCGUAUGUCAAGGGAUCACGCACAAAGUAGAUUCGGAAACCAUGAGACUGCUGGAUCUGCACCAUCAGUACCUCUUCAUCCGGAUCAUCGACCUACUCGAUACUAUCUUCUUCGGUUUGCGGAAAAAAUGGGAGCAUAUUUCAGUGUUGCACGUCGCUCACCACUGCAUCGUCGUGUUCUUGGUGAAUUACGGAGCGCAAUACGGCGUCGACUGCCAACCGCUUGGCGCCGUUCUGAUAAACCAAGUCAUUCAUGUCAUCAUGUACUCCUAUUAUUUCUUGGCCUCCUUCGGGAGCCGUUUCCAGAAGUAUCUCUGGUGGAAAAGGUACCUGACGCAGCUGCAGCUAGCCCAGUUUAUGACCAUCAUAAUCCACAGCGUCGCCCCCUUGCUGUUCCCAUGCGAGAACCUGCCGGGUAUGCACAUCGCUCUCGGGAUCUCAUCAUGUUCAUUCUUCCUGAUCAUGUUUUUGCAGUUUUACUUCCAAAAAUAUCUGUCGUCCAGAGGGGCGAAGACCCGCUAG